AUGAUCACCAAAAUUUUGUUCAUUGGUUUGCUUUUUCAAGCUACUUUCCAAGCUUCAAAAAGUGCUGGUGAAAAUUCAAAAGAGCAGAAUAAUUCUUGCGUCAAAUCGAGAGAACAAUGUCACAAUCGUAACAAUAUUUGUUGCGAUCCAAACGAAAAAUGCGAACUUAUCGGAUGGCGUUUAGAGAAAGCUCCAUACGUCUGUAAAAUUCCAACAAAACUCGGAACCACUUUGGGAGAAUAUUGUUGGGAAAAUAACGAUUGCAUGGACAUACUACACAUGGAAUGCUCUAAAAACUAUACCUGUGUGUGCAAACCAAAUCAUAUUUCGAAAAAUAAUGCAAUAUGUGUAUCACUUUUAAACGAAUUUUGCUCAAGCGAUCAUGACUGCGGAAAUUUGAUGCAUGUCACCUGUACAGAGAAUAAAUGUGCCUGUAGACCACAUCACCGUCUUGUUCAGAACACUACAUGCUCAUCACUUUUAGGUGGAUUUUGUGAAAGCAAUAAAGAAUGUGAAGUGAGCAAUUCUAUCUGCUAA